AUGGCGACGGCCAGCGACCUGACAGCACGCUACGCUGGGUCACGCCAGCGCUCGGGACUUGGGUGUGUGCAAUACGGACAGCAGCCGCGUAGGCUGACAUCGGUGAGACGUGGCUGCGACUGCGACUGCGAUUGCGACUGCGACUACGACUCCCGCGCUCUUCCCCAGGAAUUCGAGGUCAAGCCUGCAGCGCUCGGACGACGGCAGCGAUUUGCGCUAGCCACUUGCGGCAACAUCUGGGGUAAAGUGACCGUUAGCGUCGUCACUAGUUUAUCGCAUGAGUCCCAUGGGCCGCCUGAACCUCCAGCCACUCAUGGCGCCGCAUGA